AUGGUCUGUCUUUGAAGGGGAAUACGUACUGGUAUGCUACGGAUAAGGAAUCACGAGACAACGUCUCUGAUUUCUUACUCUGUUUCGAUUUUACGACAGAGAGGUUUGGACCGCGUCUGCAUCUGCUUUUUGAGUCUUAUAGUGAUGAUGACGUGAUUUUAUCUAGUGUUAGAGAAAGAGCAGCUUGCGGUAUUGUUUCAGAACUGUGAUACACAUGAAGUGGAGAUUUGAAUUACGACCAAGAUUGAGCCCAAUGCAUUGUCCUUGAGCAAGUUCUUAACGGUGGAUGUGGAUCCACUCACCGGGUUUUGGUUCUAUAGUGGUGGGAGUUUCCUUAUUGACGAGGAGAAGAGAGCCAUGGUUGUUUUAGAUGAAGAUAAAAACGUAUCGGAAAGCAAUCGCAACACAGCUUACUUCAUUGGAGAUAAAUGGUCACUUGAGAGAAGUGGAUCUCGAAGAACUUACAACAACCAAAGAGAUCUUCCCGCAUGCCUUCUCUUAAGUUCUUUGUUCUUUUAGUCUGGAUGUGAUGAGAAACGUUAAAAACUUGCUUACUUUUGGCAUCAACUUUGCUUGGUUUUCUAAAUCGGAUCCAUGACUCAUGUCAUCUCCUUUGUCAGAACAUUAACCAUCAGUCAACCAGCUGUGCUUGAAGAGUUUCCGCAGUUGUAGCUGGGAAACUUCAACGAACAAGACUUCAAAUUUGCCUCCCAGCGUAGACUUGGACUUCUGAAUUAGACUUGGCCAUAAAUGAGAUAUGUCUUGACAACCACUUUUGAGAGAAAUCGAUUCCCAGAUUAUCCAUCUUCCAAGUUUCAGAUUUUUCUGAAACUAUGUGGUCAAAUGGCCUCUUUCUCACUCUUUUUACUUUGUCUCUCUUGUUAGGGCAAUCAUGCUGUGCAACAGAUACGCUACUGCAGGGUCAGUACUUGAAAGAUGGGAAAGAGCUAAAUUCGCCUUUCAGUAUCUUCAAGCUCAAGUUUUUCAACUUCAAGAAUUCAAGCAGCUGGUAUCUUGGAAUUUGGUACAACAACUUUUAUCUUAGUGGUAAUAAGAAGUAUGAUGGUGAUAUCUAUGACAGAGCUGUUUGGAUUGCUAACCGUAACAAUCCUAUUUUGGGACGCUCUGGAAGCCUUACAGUGGACUCUCUUGGCAGAUUGAGUAUUUUAAGAGGAGCAUCAAGCCUUCUUGAGCUGAGUUCUACGGAAACCACAGGAAACACAACCCUUAAGCUUUUGGAUUCUGGAAAUCUUCAGCUCCAGGAGAUGGAUUCUGAUGGAUCGAUGAGGCGGAUUUUGUGGCAAAGUUUUGAUUAUCCAACAGAUACCUUUCUCCCUGGGAUGAAACUUGGUUUCAAUGUCAAGACCGGGAAGAGAUGGGAACUGACAUCAUGGCUAGGUGAUACUUUACCUGCUUCUGGAUCUCUUGUCUUUGGGAUGGAUGCCAAUAUUCCCAACCUAUUGACCAUCUCGUGGCGUGGAAACAUGUAUUGGGCAAGUGGGCUCUGGUUUAAGGGUCGAUUUUCUUUGGAAGAAUUGCCCUUAACCUUCAUUUCAACCGAGACUGAACACUAUUUUAUGUAUUCAAGUGAACAAUACGAUGCCCAAACAUUUUUUCCCGCUAUAAUGAUAGACCAACAGGGAAAUUUGCAUAUAAACAGGCUGGACAAGCGUUUGCAUGUUCGUUGUCCUCCUUUCACUGAAGAAAGUAACUGGAAGUGUUACAGGCAGGAUACUAGAGAUUGUUUGUACGCAGGUUGCAUAGUCCCAUAUGACCCAUAUGGGCUAAGCUAUUCUUUCAGAGAGACGAUAUCGGCUUUCUCCAGCAAUGGAUUUGUACUUAGUGAGACUGGUGGAAGGUUUAGUUCAGCUGAUUGUCAUGCUAUAUGUAUGCUUAACUCUUCUUGUCUUGCCUAUGCUUCAACCAAAUUGGAUGGUACGGGUUGCGAAAUCUGGAAUAGUGAUCCUACCAACAAAAAGUCGUCUUCUCAAAGUCCCAGAACUAUAUAUAUUCGUUUAAAAGGAGUUUUAGUAAACCAAGAGAACGAAAAGGCGGCAACUUGGCUAGUUGUUGUGGCAUCACUAUUCCUAAUUAUACCUCUGACUUGGUUUAUCAUCUAUCUUGUUCUAAGGAAAUUUAAAAUAAAAGUAACUGUUAUAUUUCGCGGGAUGUUCUACUUUUUAUGGGAAAAAGUCAUUCCACAAAUUAUUGGUUGUAUACGGAGGAGGCUUCCAACAUUGAGGGUUGGUCCAACUAUAGACCAAGAAAUGCUACUACGUGAAUUGGGAAUUGAUAGGAGCCGCCGAGGCAAGAGAAGUGCAAGGAAGAAUAAUAAUGAACUUCAGAUCUUUAGUUUUGAAAGUGUUGCCUUGGCAACAGAUUUCUUCUCUGAUGGAAACAAGCUCGGUGAAGGAGGUUUUGGUCCUGUAUAUAAGGGGAAGUUAACAGAUGGGGAAGAAGUGGCUAUCAAGAGACUAUCAUUAGCAUCCGGACAAGGAUUAGUGGAGUUCAAGAACGAAGCUAUGCUUAUUGCAAAACUUCAGCACACAAAUCUUGUUCAGUUGCUAGGAUGCUGCGUAGAGAAGGACGAGAAAAUGUUGAUUUAUGAAUACAUGCCCAACAAGAGUCUUGACUACUUCCUCUUUGAUCCCUUGAGAAAAAACGUUCUGGAUUGGACGCUGCGGUUCAGGAUCAUGGAAGGGAUAAUUCAAGGACUUUUGUACCUUCACAAGUACUCGAGACUGAAAGUGAUACACAGAGACAUCAAAGCCAGCAACAUCUUGCUGGACGAGGAUAUGAAUCCCAAGAUAUCAGAUUUCGGAAUGGCUCGGAUAUUUGGAGCGCAAGAAUCCAAAGCCAACACCAAAAGAGUUGCUGGCACAUUUGGAUAUAUGUCUCCGGAGUACUUCAGAGAAGGACUAUUCUCGGCGAAAUCAGAUGUGUUCAGCUUCGGAGUUCUAAUGCUCGAAAUUAUUUGUGGAAGGAAAAACAAUAGCUUCCACCAUGACUCAGAAGGACCUCUAAAUCUCAUAGUCCAUGUAUGGAAUCUGUUUAGAGAGAACCGAAUAAGCGAAGUCGUAGAUCCGUCUUGGGGAGAUCCUGCAGUUCCUAACCCUCAAGUGUUGAGAUGUUUACAAGUUGCUCUGUUGUGUGUACAAGAAAGCGCAGAAGAAAGACCAAGUAUGUUAGACGUUGUUUCGAUGAUAUACAGCGACGGCAACAAUGCUCUUUGUUUGCCUAAAGAGCCAGCUUUCUAUGAUGGUCCCCGGAGAAGCUCACCGGAGAUGGAUGUUGAGCCACAGGAGGUAGAAAAUGUAUCGGCCAAUAGAGUUACUAUCACAGUAAUGGAAGCAAGGUGAAGCUAGUGAGUGAAUUGAGGAAAACCAGAUAGUUCGUAUAUGAAUCUCAUCUCAUUAAUACGUAAAAGUUAUUUUACUUGUAUGUUGGAUAAUUUUCUCGUUAUGUUACACUUGCUUAUUAUAGCGAUUCCCCAAAUUCUGAAUUCGAAUACAAAUUGGACUUUCCACGUGGA